AUGACACAACCGUUUCAGGAAAUCGUGGGGCUUAAGAAUCAGGAAGGGGCAAGUUCAGAACUUGUCAAUGAGGGCAACAAUAAGCAGGUGCCACAAUCUUCUUUAGCAUACUUGGAGCUGCUGAGUAAUUACGCAGGCAGGUUCAAGAAGUUAAGGGUCCAAGACAUAACCGACUCGAACAAUAGUGAAGCUCAUGCAGGUCACCAGGAUUUGUCAGCUGAAGAAAUAAUAAGAGUGGCUGGAGCAAGGUACGUACAAUUUUCUACUCAUUGGUGUGAUGAUUAUUGCAUGCCUCUGCACCCAUAUGCCUCUGGUCUCGAGGAUCUGUCUGAAAAAGAAAAUAGAGAUGUUGAACUUGCACAGUUUCUUCUUGCUGCGGCCGAGAGGGUUAGUUGCCAACAGCUUGAACGUGCAAGCAGGAUGCUUCUUCAUUGCUUAUUUAAUUCAUCUCCUGGCGGAAAUGCUAUGCAGAGAGUUAUCUUUCAUUUCGCUCAAGCACUUCGAGAGAGAAUUGAAAAAGAAGCAGGGGGCACCAUUUUGAUGGGUUGUCCAAAGAACAUAGAAAACGAGUUAAUUCAAAACUUGGAUACCAACAUAGCCCUUGCUUGUCAUCAGAAAAUUCCUUUCAACCAAGUGAUGCAAUUCGCUGGUGUACAAGCUAUGGUGGAGCACGUUGCACAUGAUACAAAAAUCCAUGUUAUAGAUCUUGAUAUCAGGCGUGGAAUUCAGUGGACGUGUUUGAUGCAGGCACUCGUAGGGAGGAACGAAAGCAGAGUGGAGCUCUUGAAGAUAACUGCUAUAGGAAUUGUUGGCCAGCCCACUGUAGAAGAAACUGGCAAAAGAUUGACGAGUUUCGCUAGAUCGUUGAACUUGCCAUUCGCAUAUAAGCAAGUUUAUGUUACAGACAUGAUCGAAAUUACAGAACAACAUUUUGAAAUUGAAGAUGAUGAAGCCGUGGCUGUCUACGCUCUGUAUGUACUUAGGACUAUGGUAUCAAGGCCAGCUUGCUUGGAAAACCUGAUGAGUGUAAUAAGAAAUAUCAAACCAAUUAUAAUGGUAGUUCUUGAAGUGGAAGCCAAUCAUAAUUCAUCCUCAUUCGCAAUUCGCUUCAUUGAAGCAUUGUUCCACUACUCGGCAUUUUUUGAUUGCCUCGAGACCUGCUUAAAAGGUGAAAAUAGGGGCAGAAUGGCAACGGAAGCAAUAUUAUCUGAAGGGAUACGAAACAUUGUUGCUGCGGAAGGAGGAGAAAGAACAGUGAGGAAUGUGAAGAUAGAAGUGUGGAGGAGGUUCUUUGCAAGGUACAGAAUGGUGGAAAUUGGAUUUAGCGAGUCAUCUCUGUACCAAGCUAGCUUGGUGGCCAGAGAAUUCGCCAGCGGCAAAUUUUGCACUCUGGACACAAAUGGAAAAUGUCUUACGGUUGGGUGGAAGGGGACCCCAUUGCAUACCGUUUCAGCUUGGAGGUUCCUUUGA